UGCCCUUCUCCGCCGGAAGUGGGUGCCGGUCGCCCCGGGCGACUGGCCUGAUGCUGCUGCAGGAGGAGGGAGGGAGUUGGAAAGGAAAGAGAAUGAUUUAAUGUGUUUUAACCGCCCCCACUCCCCGGCCCGAGUGGAAAACCGUUACCCGGGGAUGAGAAGCCGCCUUUGACGGUGAUGUGAAGGAGGAGGCCGUUGCGGGUGGGCGGGGCCUGUCUCCCCCCGCCCCCCCUCCUCCACAACAUCAUUGUUUUAUCCUCAGUGUCGCCUUUACAAAGAUAUACUUUCACUGCGUGUUAAUCCUGCCUUCGCUCGAGUGGCCUUUUGUUUUAAACCAUGUGUAUUUUUCCGGUUUCCCACUUGGCCGCUGGUGGAUUUCCCUCUCUCUGAGGUUUUAUUGUGUUUGUCCCCCCCCCCCCCCACAACAACAACAUCAUGGAGUUCCCUUUCGAUAUUAACCCCCUGUUCCCUGAGAGGGUCACCGUCCUGGAUCACCACCUGCAGCCCGGCCGGAGGAACAAUUCCAGCAAGGCCACCCUUGAGUAUCAGCUGGCUACAGUGUUGGACAAGAUGGGAGAGGCUUCAGCUAAGGCCCAGCAGUUGUCUGCGCCGAUCACCAGUGCCUCACGGAUGCAGAGCAACCGGCACCGGCUGUACCUCCUGAAAGACGGUCUCGCUAAUCAUGGAAAGGGAGCCACUAUUGGUUUCCUGAAGGUGGGCCACAAGAAGCUGUUCGUGUUGGAUGGGCGAGGUGCACAUAAUGAGAUGGAGCCCCUGUGUGUCCUGGACUUCUAUGUGCAUGUGUCACUGCAGCGCCAUGGUUACGGGAAGGAGCUGUUUGACUACAUGAUUCAGUACGAAGGCACAAAGCCACACCACCUGGCCAUUGAUCGCCCCUCUAGCAAGUUCCUCAGCUUCCUCAAGAAACACUACGGCCUAGCAGCCACAAUUCCUCAGGUUAAUAACUUUGUGGUGUUUGAAAGUUUCUUCCGGGACAGACAGAUGCGAGGGGAACGGCUGGUUCACAGGACUAUCCCGAAGAAGGUGGAACAGGAUAUUAAACCCUACUCCAUUACUGUGCGGGAUGGUGCUCCGGAAGAGCAGGAGCUUCCCUGGCCCUUCAAUCAGUCGCCCUCUCUGACUCGCUCCAACAGCCUGGGCCGCAGCCCCCACCGGCAGCCGGGCCGCGGCCAGUUCAGCCACCAGGAGGCGCUGCGACACGUCAGAGUGGCACAUUCCCGGGCGGUGAAUGGCAUGAGGGAGGCCGACGACCCGACGGCCCAGAGGAGACGGACCAGUACACCUGAGCAACAAGGGAUGGUCGCCAUGGGGAGCAGGUACAGCCGUUACAACAAGAGCAGCUCUCAGUCUCCCGACUGUGUGACAGAGCGGUCAAGGUCAGCAGUUUCCAACCAGGAGUCGCCAGGGCGGAAUGGUGAUGUGCUACAGCGGGAAACUGGGGGGACGCACUCCCUGAACGCCGACCCUGACCAGCUCACCCAGCGUCUACCACCAUUGGAUCUUGGAAGCCUGACCCCCCAUUCAGACUCGGACUCUCCCCGGACCCGCGUCGGGGAAGCCGAUCCCCUGCUGGCGCCCAGGGGAGUGGAGCGUCCCAUCGCCCGGCACCGAGAACCGAGCCAAGGAGACUCCCGGGCCCAGGAAGGAGGGAGGCAGGAGGAGCGGCGCGGGCCGGGCCACGACGGGGACAGUGGGCAGGCUGCGGCCUGCGGUGAGCUGAGGCCCAAGGCCGGUCUGGAGGAGCGGCAGCUCGGCCUGCAGGGGCAGGGCAAGGGUCGGGGCAGCUGGACCGAGCUGAAGGGGCCCCUCACCGCCCAGUGGAUACGGCACAAACACGAGUUCCGCAACACCAGGCCCUGGUGAAGGCAAUACCACCGGCACAGGCCGGGGCGAGGAGUGGGGAGCCAGGAGGGUAAUG